UAAACUUUUACACUACUCCCAGCAAGAAAAUGAUGAACAAACAAGAAUCUGAGAGAGCAGAGGAGCUCUUGGAAAUUAUGAUGAAGGAAGUUAAACCUAGACAGGAGGCACUCUCCUCUCAUGGGAUUUAUCCUCUGCUGACCUCUGUCGAGGCUAUCACUGAGUUUAUGAAGUUUCAUAUAUUUGCUGUUUGGGACUUUAUGUCAGUUGUAAAAACUAUGCAGAGGCAUCUAACCUGUGUUGAAGUUCCCUGGGUUCCAGUUCAACAUCCUGAGCUAGCUCGUCUAAUCAAUGAUAUCGUGCUAACUGAGGAAUCUGACGUAAACUGGGAUAAUGAAGCUCAAAGUCACUUUGUGAUGUACAUGGAGGCUAUGAAGGAGGUUGGGGUGGAUAUGAGCCAGAUUACCCUCUUCAUGUCUUUUAUCAGGUUAGAGGAAUUGUAGACAAAAUUUCAAGGA